CAGACGGCCAUAUUACUUGUCCUGUUGAUAUGUAUAAUCUCUAGGGUUGUGCACAUGCAAUUUUCAGUUAGUACACUGUUAAUCGGGGAAUCGAAAAAAAUCAAUAUAUUGGCCACCCUAAGUACAUGGCCACACACUCUUAAGAUUAUUCAUCCGUACUGGUUCAAAAACUCAUGUAUUGCUUUGGUUAUUUAUACAGUUUGGAUGUGCACUCAUUUGUUUUAGUGGUGCAUUCAGACUUGUAAGUGAGUCAACACUGUCACCAAUUGUAUGAAAACAAAUGCCAUAUUUCUUGACACUUUGGUUUAAGGGGACUCCUUUUCAGUAGUACUUCUGGAAUGGUAGUAAGAUCCAGGAUGGGAGAGGGGAUGUUAUCACUCUCUUGGAACAACCAUAGUUCUACUUUUUGCCACAUGUUGUCCUCUUUACGGGAAAAGGAAAGAUAUACAGAUGUUACUGUGACCUGUGAAGGGAAAUUCUACCCAGUACAUAAACUUGUUCUUUCAACAUGUAGUGACUAUUUCAUGAAAAUGUUUGAACGAACACCUUGCAAACACCCAAUUAUUGUGCUUAAAGAUAUUCAUUGUAAAGAAAUAGAAGCUCUCCUCAGUUAUAUGUAUGAUGGAGUUGUGAGUGUGGCACAGAAUGAUUUGUCACAGCUUAUAAAAGCAGCAGAACUAUUGCAAAUAAAAGGCUUAGCAGUACCUGAUGAACCUCCCUCCUCAAGCAGAAAAGCUCAGAAUGCAAGGAAUUCAGCAGAUGGUAGAAUAAGCCCAAAUCCCAAACGCCACAAACGAGAUCAAGGGGAGGUGCAAAAUAUAUUUCAAUCCUCCCCAAAAUCACCUUUCCAUCAAGAAAAAGACCAGACACAAGAUGCUUCACUGUCACCAAGACUACCAAAUAAGUCAGAACAAGCUGGAGACAAAGAUAAAACCAUGGCAAGUGAAGGACAAAAAUAUCAAGCGUGCCCAAGACAAGAACAGGUUGAGGAUGCAUAUCAUAACCAAGAGAUAAGCCUGCAUGAUAACCAGGGGGUGGAGCAACACCACAUUAUUAAGGAUUCUCCUAAUUCAGAUUCCGAGAUCAUGGUUGAUGAGACUUUGAUUAAGGAAGAAAUUUUGGAUAGUAGUAAUGAGAGUGAUAUCCCAGACCCAGCCCUUGACUACAAUAGUUUAGGUCCAGAUUUAGGGCCUGAUAGUGGAGGAGGCAUGGAGGAUAAUAUGAAUCUGGAUUUAGCAGCAUCUUUUGACCACUCAGAUGGACAUGCCUAUGAUUCUGAAGCAGGACCUUCAGGAUUGCAGGGGUGGUCAGUACUUAAUGAGUCUGGGCAAGGGUCAGCACAGGAUUAUUGUACUGAGAUGAACCAAGAUGUGUCUUUAGUAGGCCAGUACAGGCCUCUUCCGCAGGAGCAGCAACAACAGCAUGACCUGGUGGGGGUGCACUCUGGUGGUAAGAGCUUAAUUAAGAGAGGACUCGCAGGAGGUCAGACAAGAUCUUAUAAGAAACACCUGUGCUCCAUCUGUGGAUAUACAUCUAAUGAAACCACAAGCUUUAAAAGACAUUGGCGCACCCAUACUGGUGAAAAGCCAUUUCUCUGUCCACACUGCUCUGUUCGAACCACACGAAAAGCAUCACUCCUGUCUCAUAUGCUCAGUCAUACUGGAGAAAAACCAUAUUCUUGUCAUUAUUGUCCUUAUGAGUCAAGGCAAAAGGGCAAUUUAAGCAGGCACAUGAAGAGACACCAAGGGCAUCAUCAUCCAUUAGUAUCGAGCCUUAAUGAUAUCUAACCAAUAUGUGACUAGUCCAUUAUUUCCUUGUGUAUACAGUAUCUGUAAAUAAAGAUUUUAAAAUUUCCUACCCAAAUAACAAUUCUAGACCUUAUUGUCUUUUCCCCAAGGUCAGAAAUCCAUUAUUAUUUUGUUUAUGUAUGAUGCAAAACGAGUAGCCAGAAAAACAUUUUUUGUAAGGAAACUUUUUGCCUUCUGUAUAUUCACAUAUUUAGUAGUAGUGGCUGAGCAGUAAAGUAUGGUACGUGUGCUUUUCAUUGAUAUAGGAAGUUUGUGUUAAGUGUAUAUCUCCUGUGUGCAUUACAGGAGGUAAGCCGACAUUUUUCAAAGAUGGUGGGUUGCCAGACAGAACUUGAGUUCUCAGUUAUACCUUCUGGCAACUCAUCAUAUUGACUGUUGAACACACAUGUGAACAACAAAACCCUAGAACAAGUAUGGAAGGAAACAUGGCGAGAAAGCGAAAUUUGAGUUCAGUUUACCCAGGGGUAAGGCUAAAAAUACUGGUACUCUUUGGCUUUCAAACAUAUUGACUUUUCGCCGUGCACAAGUCAGUGGUCAAGAGACAGCUGAAAUAGGGUCGUCUCACCCGUGUCGAGACAGCGAAGGGUUGACAUGCCUGAAUGCAUCAUUAGAGUGCAAUGAACAUUUCACACCAUCUACGCUAUUUGGAAACUGACGAAGCAGAUCGAGUUACCUCCCAUUAUAUUUACACACACAUACUGUAAAAGGCUAUUUAGAUUGAACACCUUUAUACAUUGGGUUGCAGGAGUAGUAAUAGGGAACGAUGGCUUUGACUCUUACAAGCAACACAGACAUAGAACACACGAGACAAGUCUUGGGUAAGCGAGGAGUGCGGGAAGGUCACGGUCAGCCCUGCGGGGCGAAGUGACCGGAGCCCUCCCGCCCUGGAACCAAAGGCCAGAGCGACCUUGCCAGGAUGAGCACUGAGCACGAACUUUCUCUGACCGGGUCAUACUUGGCCAUAAAUACCCGGGGACUGCGCGUAGGGCCGCCACCGUCGGUCGGCUUGGUCAAGCACGCGCACACACACACACACACACACACACACA